AGUGCUCCGGGGGUCAGAGAGUAAGCGAGGUCCCCGUCUCCCUGUGUCCGUGUGUCCCCGGCUCUGCGGUGCUGCAGGAAGACAGUAGGUAAAGUGUGAGACCAGUGGGAGAGCACCAUGGAGGAUGGAAAGCCAGUCUGGGCGCCACACCCAACUGAUGGCUUUCAGUUGGGUAACAUUGUGGAUAUAGGACCGGAUUCUUUAACCAUUGAACCACUUCAUCAAAAGGGAAAGGUAUUUUUGGCAGCUAUAAAUCAAGUCUUUCCGGCUGAAGAAGACACCACGAAACAUGUGGAGGACAAUUGUUCUUUAAUGUACCUCAAUGAAGCAACCCUUCUUCAUAACAUCAAAGUUCGAUACAGUAAAGAUAAAAUAUAUACUUAUGUGGCCAACAUUUUGAUUGCUGUAAACCCAUAUUUUGAUGUCCCAAAACUUUAUACUUCUGAAUUCAUUAAAAAAUACCACGGCAAAUCUCUAGGAACUUUGCCACCACAUGUCUACGCAAUAGCUGAUAAGGCCUUCCGAGACAUGAAGGUUUUGAAGAUGAGCCAAUCAAUCAUAGUGUCUGGAGAGUCAGGAGCCGGCAAGACGGAAAACACUAAGUUUGUUCUAAGGUACUUGACAGAAUCGUAUGGAUCUGGGCAAGAUAUUGAUGAGAGGAUUGUAGAAGCCAACCCCUUAUUAGAGGCCUUUGGAAAUGCAAAAACAGUCCGAAAUAACAACAGCAGUCGGUUUGGAAAAUUUGUAGAAAUUCACUUCAAUGAAAAAUAUUCCGUAGUGGGGGGAUUUGUGUCUCACUACCUUUUGGAGAAGUCUCGUAUCUGUGUGCAAGGUCAAGAUGAAAGGAAUUACCAUAUUUUCUACAGGUUGUGUGCAGGUGCCCCAGAGGAUAUUCGGCAAAAACUCUUCUUGAGUUCGCCUGACAACUUUAGGUAUCUGAAUCGCGGUUGCACCAGGUACUUUGCAAAUAAGGACACUGAUAAACAAAUUCUACAGAACCGCAAGAGUCCUGAGUACCUCAAAUAUGGCUCCCUAAAGGAUCCACUCUUAGAUGAUCAUGGAGAUUUCAAUCGCAUGUGCGGCGCUAUGAAGAAGAUUGGCUUGGAUGACACAGAGAAGCUUGAUCUUUUCCGAGUGGUUGCUGGUGUCCUGCACCUAGGAAACAUUGAUUUUGAAGAAGCUGGAAGCUCCUCUGGUGGCUGCGCUCUAAAGAACAAAUCUAGUACGUCGUUACAAUGCUGUUCUGUGCUGCUGGGUCUGGAUGAAGAUGAUCUGCGUGUCAGUUUAACAACAAGGGUCAUGCUUACAACAGCAGGGGGCACCAAAGGCACAGUUAUCAAGGUGCCAUUGAAAGUGGAGCAGGCAAACAAUGCUCGAGAUGCACUGGCAAAGGCAGUAUACAGCCGGCUGUUUGAUCAUGUGGUCAACCGGGUAAAUGAGUGCUUCCCCUUUGAGAGUUCUGCUUUCUUUAUUGGCGUUUUAGACAUUGCUGGUUUUGAAUACUUUGAACACAACAGUUUUGAACAGUUUUGCAUUAACUACUGUAAUGAGAAGCUGCAGCAGUUCUUUAAUGAAAGGAUCCUGAAAGAGGAACAGGAACUUUACCAGAAGGAAGGGCUUGGUGUAAAUGAAGUGCACUAUGUGGAUAACCAGGACUGUAUAGAUCUGAUUGAAUCAAAAUUAGUUGGUAUCCUUGAUAUAGUUGAUGAGGAGAACAGAUUGCCCCAACCAAGUGAUCGGCACUUUACAUCCAUGGUUCACGAAAAGCACAAGAACCACUUUCGCCUCACUAUCCCCAGAAAAUCUAAACUAACUGUUCACCGAAAUAUACGAGAUGACGAAGGCUUCAUCAUACGACAUUUCGCAGGAGCUGUGUGCUAUGAAACAACACAAUUUGUGGAGAAGAAUAAUGACGCACUGCACAUGUCACUUGAGUGCCUCAUAUGCGAGUCCAAAGAUAAAUUUGUAAGGGAGUUGUUUGAAUCCACCAAUAAUAACAAGGACUCCAAGCAGAAGACUGGAAAACUUAGUUUCAUUAGUGUGGGAAACAAGUUCAAGACCCAAUUAAAUCUGCUACUUGAAAAACUUCGUAGCACGGGAUCUAGUUUUAUCCGUUGUAUCAAGCCCAAUUUAAAAAUGACAAGUCAUCAGUUUGAAGGCGCGCAAAUCCUGUCUCAGCUUCAGUGUUCAGGAAUGGUGUCUGUACUGGACCUCAUGCAGGGAGGCUUCCCGUCCCGGGCUUCUUUCCAUGAACUCUAUAACAUGUACAAGAAGUAUAUGCCUGCAAAGCUGUCUCGCCUGGACCCCAGACUUUUCUGCAAGGCUCUGUUCAAAGCCUUGGGCUUAAAUGAAAAUGAUUACAAAUUUGGGUUAACUAAGGUGUUUUUCAGGCCUGGCAAGUUUGCUGAAUUUGAUCAGAUCAUGAAGUCUGAUCCUGAUCAUUUAGCCGAGCUGAUAAAGCGUGUCAAUCACUGGCUUAUCUGCAGUCGCUGGAAGAAGGUCCAGUGGUGUGCACUUUCUGUCAUAAAAUUGAAAAACAAAAUCCAAUACCGGGCCUCUGCUUGCAUUAAAAUGCAAAAGACUAUUCGGAUGUGGCUUUGCAGGAGGAAACACAAACCUCGAAUUGACGGCAUGAGGAAUGUGAGAACACUGAAAACCAGACUCGUCAAAUUCAAUGAAGUUGUUAAUGCUUUGAAAGAAGGGAAACCGGAGAUGAGCAAACAGGUGAAGGACUUGGAGUCGUCCAUUGAUGCCCUCCUGGCUAAGAUAAAGAAUACUAUAAUGUCCCGUGAUCAGAUAGAGAAAGAAUAUGAUGCACUUGUGAAGAGCUCGGGUCAGCUCCUCAGUGCCCUACAAAAGAGGAAGAAGGAGGAGGAAGAGGCUGAACGCUUACGUCGUAUUCAUGAAGAGAUGGAGCGGGAGAGAAAGAGACAUGAGGCAGAAGAGGAACUGCGUAGGAAAGAGGAAAAUGACAGGCGACUCAAAGCUGAGAUUGAGGUAAAAAGAAAACAGGAAGAGGAAGAGCGCAAAAAGAGGGAGGAGGAAGAGAAAAGGAUUCAGGCAGAAGUGGAGAUACAGCUGGCCAGAGAUCGAGAGGAAGAGUCACAGCAGCAAACUAUUCUAGAACAAGAACGCAGAGAUCGGGAGCUUGCUAUGAGAAUCGCUCAGAGUGAGUCUGAACUAAUCAAUGAGGAGCUUGGGCCAGAUGCAUCACUCCGCAGCGUAAAAACAGAACUCAUUCAGCCUGCUGAAGCAUAUGCCAAAGCUGGUGGAGAAAAGACCAAAUUGACAAUGGAUGAAAUGGCCAAAGAAAUGACAGACAUUUUGUCUAGGGGGGUGCAAGUUCAAGCUACAAAAUCUGCUGCCAGCAUCAAAAAGCAUGACUUAAGCAAAUGGAAAUACGCAGAACUGAGAGAUGCAAUCAAUACUUCAUGUGACAUCGAGCUGCUGGCAGCCUGCAGAGAGGAGUUCCACAGGCGGCUUAAGGUUUAUCAUGCCUGGAAAUCCAAGAAUAAGAAACGCAAUGCAGAGACUGAGCAGCGUGCCCCUAAGUCUGUUAUGGACUAUGACUUUGCUCCUUUUAUGAACAACACAACCCAACAGAACCCAGUGGUGCAACUGCCUGCAAGGCAACAGGAGAUUGAAGUCAAUCGGCAGCAGCGUUACUUCCGCAUUCCAUUUAUCCGCCCUGCUGACCAGUACAAGGAGCCUCAGAACAAGAAGAAGGGGUGGUGGUAUGCACAUUUUGAUGGUCCAUGGAUUGCUCGUCAAAUGGAACUUCAUCCAGACAAGCCGCCCAUAUUGCUAGUAGCUGGCAAAGAUGACAUGGAGAUGUGUGAGCUGAACCUUGAAGAAACUGGCUUAACAAGAAAAAGAGGUGCAGAAAUUCUACCCAGACAGUUUGAAGAGAUUUGGGAGCGUUGUGGUGGAAUCCAGUACUUGAGUAAUGCUAUUGAAAGCCGACAAGCCCGACCAACUUACGCUACUGCAAUGCUACAGAACCUACUUAAGUAGCGGUACAGUUAAUGAAUUGUUGCACUAAAAAAUAGUAGAUGUGGUUGAUGUAAAGGGAAACUGACCUCUGCCAGUCAGGAUCUAAACAUUCCAUAAUCGAGUAGUAGAGAAGUUUUAAUAUAAAGUGAACAGGUUUUAUUAAUUGUGGGGAUUUAUUAAUUCAUACUUUUUGAUGUUUUGAUUUAGUAGCUCAUUAGUGAUGUGGUCUAUGGCCCUAGCAGGGUAUUUUGUAGUUUUGUUUUUCGAUUUUAUUUAUCAUGAAUCUCAAUUUGUGAGGCCUUACCUUGGAUAAAUUGUAAUGGCUACUUAGACAUAAAAAUGUUUGGAGCACGAUUUUCCAAGCAUAGAAAGCUAAGAGCAUGGCACAACCUGCUUUUUUUGUAGGACACAUACUCUGGCAUCUCUUGGUUAAAUGCUGGAGAAACCCUUAAAUAAAGGUUUACUUAAUCAGGGGGGAGGCAGUGUCAUUGUACCACACUUAGAGUAUACAAUAAUACCAAUUCAACGACUGUUAUCACUCAAGAAGCUGUAGCAUUGUACGCCUUUUUCCCUUGAUAAAAUCCUUUGUCAGACAUUCACUGUCUGUGCUACAACUUUUAUGUCACAUUUUAAGGCAGAUUAAAACCAUCUGAUUUUAGAGAUUUAAAACAAGCAACCUAAUGAUUUUAGGAGUUUUUAUUUCUAUUGCUUAAUAUGUAAUUUAAGGAGAAUGUACCUUUGUUCAGAUUGGAUAUCUGUUCUUUAGUCAUACAGUAUGCUUGUGUAAAUGCAUAUGUGUAUGUUUUACUGCACUGAGAUUUGGGUUUAGUUUGACCACCAAAUAUUUAGCUGAUCAUCUUUUCAUAGAUUCCUGGUAGAUUAACACAUGGAGACGAAGAGUGUCCAUUUAUAACGUGCUGUUACUGCUCUAUCUAGUUAUUAAACUGACAUUCAUUGGCAGCCUCUAAACGUUCCAUUUCUGGACUGGUUUUUCUAAGAUCUUUUUCUAAGUUCUUGAUGUCCGCUUCAUGUGAACAUGAGAUGACUAUUGUUAUUUAUAAUAGUUUAUUUAGAUCAUUUUUUGAUGUCUUCUCUGUUAAUAAGAAUAAAACUUUAUGGUUGUGACUUGAAAUUGAUCAGUGAAAGUUGACUAUUGUCCUGCGUGUGCUAUGAAGAUGACACCAUGCCUUGAAAGCCUGUGUUAUGAACUGUCUCAGAAAAUGUUAUUAUAACCUGGUCAAAUAAAUCAGAUUGUUGUUUCAUAA